UUGCUGGAGGUUGACGAGUUGCCUGAGGCUGAUGAAUUGUCGGAGGUUGACGAGUUGCCGGAGGAUGACGAGUUGCUGGAGGUUGACGAGUUGCCUGAGGUUGACGAAUUGUCGGAGGUUGACGAGUUGCCGGAGGAUGACGAGUUGCCGAAGGAUGACGAGUUGCCAAAAGUUGAGUUGCCAGAGGAUGACGAGUUGCCAGAGGCUGACGAGUUGCCGAAGGAUGACGAGUUGCCAGAGGAUGACGAGUUGCCGGAUGUUGAGUUGCCAGAGGUUGACGAGUUGCCGAAGGAUGACGAGUUGCCAAAAGUUGACAAGUUGCCGGAUGACGAGUUGCCAGAGGAUGACGAGUUGCCAGAGGAUGACGAGUUGCCGAAGGAUGACAAGUUGCCGAAGGAUGACGAGUUGCCAAAAGUUGACGAGUUGCCAAAAGUUGACGAGUUGCCAAAAGUUGACGAGUUGCCGGAGGAUGACGAGUUGCCGAAGGAUGACGAGUUGACAAAAGUUGACGAGUUG